GAACCGUCUUCCCCCUUCUGCCUCGCAAGCAAGGCGAGUGGCGAGUAGCUUCGUAACGCUUCGAUUCCGCCUCGCGAAGUCCAUUGCAGAGCAUGGAGGAGGCGGCGAUCCCCUUCAAGAAUCUCCAUAGCAGAGAGUAUCAAGGUCACAAGAAGAAGGUGCAUUCGGUGGCUUGGAACUGCUCGGGAACGAAGCUCGCGUCCGGCUCCGUCGAUCAAACGGCUCGGGUUUGGCACAUCGAGCCGCACGGUCACGGUAAGGUCAAAGAUAUUGAAUUGAAAGGGCACACUGACAGCGUGGAUCAGCUAUGUUGGGAUCCGAAGCAUGCGGAUUUAAUUGCAACAGCAUCAGGCGACAAGACUGUACGGCUGUGGGAUGCACGGAGUGGUAAAUGCUCACAGCAAGCAGAACUCAGUGGGGAAAACAUCAACAUAACUUACAAACCUGAUGGAACACACGUAGCAGUUGGUAAUAGGGAUGAUGAGCUAACGAUUUUGGAUGUUCGGAAGUUUAAGCCAAUUCACAAGCGUAAGUUCAAUUAUGAGGUGAAUGAAAUAGCGUGGAACAUGUCAGGAGAGAUGUUCUUUUUGACAACAGGAAAUGGUACUGUGGAAGUAUUAGCAUACCCAUCUCUUCGACCUAUGGACACCCUUAUGGCUCAUACUGCUGGCUGCUAUUGUAUCGCAAUUGACCCAAUUGGAAGGUAUUUUGCUGUUGGAAGUGCAGAUUCCUUGGUGAGCCUGUGGGAUAUCUCUGAGAUGCUCUGUGUGAGGACUUUUACAAAACUUGAAUGGCCUGUAAGGACGAUAAGCUUCAAUCACACUGGAGACUACAUUGCUUCUGCCAGUGAAGAUCUGUUCAUUGACAUUUCAAAUGUUCAAACUGGACGGACAGUGCACCAAAUUCCAUGCCGAGCUGCGAUGAACAGUGUGGAAUGGAAUCCAAAAUACAAUUUACUUGCAUAUGCUGGGGAUGACAAAAACAAGUAUCAGGCAGAUGAAGGUGUUUUCCGGAUAUUUGGAUUUGAGAGCGCAUGAGACAUCAGAGCACCUUUUCUGGGGAGAAAUUAUUCUAAGCACGGAAGUUUCCAAUUUGUAGGAAAGAAGUCUAUCAUGUUGGCAGCUUGCAAGGAGUUCUUCAAAUGCUUUGU